AUGGAGUUUUUAGGGCUAUAUGGAGUUCUUGUUGCCUUCUAUGUCAUACUUUGUCUCUUCUUGUUCUUCGUACUAACUUUUUCUUGGUGGGUUUUCCCUAACCAAAAACUUAAGAUGCUCAAGAAAUGUGGGUUAGAAGGGCCAACCCCAAGUUUUCCACUUGGGAACAUUGAAGAGAUGAAAAGAAAGAGUAUCAUUAAAUCUUCAGUUGUUUCCUCGAAUCUCCCACACGAUAUACACUCUUACGUUUUCCCUUACUUCUCUACCUGGCAGAAGUCACAUGGUAAGGUGUUCUUGUAUUGGUUGGGCACGGAGCCGUUUUUGUACAUUGCAGAGCCAGAGUUUUUGAAGAAAAUGUCAACAGUGGUGUUGGCCAAAAGAUGGGGCAAGCCAAGUGUGUUUAGAAAUGACAGAGACCCCAUGUUUGGGAGUGGUUUGGUCAUGGUUGAGGGCAACGAAUGGGUUCGUCACAGGCACAUUGUUGCUCCCGCAUUCAAUCCCAUUAACUUGAAGGGAAUGGCGAACAUGAUGGUUGAAUCCACGAAUCAAAUGAUAGACAGAUGGUUUACCAGAAUAAACUCUGGGAACCCCGAAAUCGACGUGGAAAGUGAGAUUAUAGCAACGGCUGGGGAGAUCAUAGCAAGAACAAGUUUUGGCAUGAAAGAUGAGAAUGCAAGAGAUGUUUUCGACAAAUUAAGAGCCUUGCAAAUGACCCUUUUUAAGACCAAUCGAUACGUAGGUGUUCCCUUUGGGAAGUAUUUCAACGUAAAGAAAACAUUAGAGGCGAAGAAACUCGGGAAAGAAAUCGACGAACUGUUGUUGUCGAUCAUAGAAUCUCGGAAGAAGUCGGGGACGAAAAAUGGUCAGCAAGAUCUGUUAGGUCUGUUGCUGCAAGAAAAUCACGAGGUCGAUGGAAGGUCGGGUAAGACGUUAACAUCGCGAGAAGUUGUUGACGAAUGCAAGACCUUCUUCUUCGGAGGGCAUGAAACCACAGCACUUGCCAUCACGUGGACCUUGCUGCUUCUGGCCAUGCACCCAGAUUGGCAAACCCAGUUGAGAGAUGAGAUACGAGAGGUGGUGGGGAACUCUGAAGAACUUGAUAUUUCUAUGCUCUCUGGUUUAAAAAAGAUGAAGUGCGUAAUGAGUGAAGUUCUAAGACUGUACCCUCCAUCACCGAAUGUGCAAAGGCAAGCAAGAGAAGACAUAAAAGUUGAUGAUGUAACAGUUCCAAAUGGAACGAACAUGUGGAUAGAUGUGGUGGGCAUGCACCAUGAGGCUGAGUUAUGGGGAAAGGAUGUGAAUGAGUUCAGGCCAGAGAGGUUCAUGGAUGAUGUGAACGGUGGAUGCAAGCACAAGAUGGGUUAUUUGCCUUUUGGGUUUGGAGGGAGAAUGUGUGUUGGUAGAAAUUUGACCUUUAUGGAGUACAAGAUUGUUUUAACUCUUGUUCUCUCUAGGUUUAGUUUUAAGGUUUCCCCUGAUUACAAACAUUCACCAUCUAUUAUGCUCUCCCUGAGGCCUAGUCGUGGACUUCCACUCAUAGUUGAGCCCCUUUAGACAAUUUAACCCAAUUUUUUUUUACUUUCCCAGUCACAGUUCUUUACUUAUUCAGCCUCGUAGAUAUUAAGUUCAGGAUUAGGGGAUUGUAGAUCAGCUCAAUUUUACAGAG